CUACAGAAUUAACAAAUUUAUGUGCGUUUAUGAUGCCCACAUAAACUUUGGGGAGAUAAUUAUUAUUAACUCUUGAAAACCAUUUAUAUUGAAUACAACCACCAUCAAAAGUAGAAUUUCAGAUGCUGGAGGAUUGACAACCACUUCAGCAUAUCCAGCAGCGCAGCAACUUCAAUAUUGUUAGACAAAAAUGAAACUGAUAAUCCUACUGUUAUGCGUGUUUCUCGUCGCCCAUCGGACAUCUGGGAUGAGCGAAAAACAGCUUAAAGCCACAAAGAAGUUAGUGCGAAACACGUGCCAGAACAAAUCGAAAGCUACAAGUGAAGCAAUCGAUGCCAUGCAAAAAGGUGAUUUCAACCAAGACAAAAAUGCACAGUGUUACAUCUACUGCAUUAUGAGCACCUACAAUCUGUUGAACAAAGACAUGAUAUUCGAUUGGGAAGGCGGCAUAAAGGCACUGCGAGCUAACGCGCCUCCGCAUAUUGCCGAUCCCGGAGCAGUGACAAUAGAGAAUUGUAGAGAUGCUAUCAAAACGAAGAAUGACCAAUGUAUAGCCGCGACGGAGAUCGCAAGAUGUUUAUAUCAGGACAAUCCAUCGAACUACUUUCUCCCGUAGAGAAAAAAUGUAACUACACGUAUACAACAUAAUAAUUAGUGUGAUGUCACCUUUCUAUUGAUGUUUAAGGGAUGCAUGUGCAAAUAAAAUGUCGCAAACGUAAGA